AUGGGAAUCGCCCAACAGAGUGCGAGAUCAACCGCAUACUCACCAACCGGAAGUGUGUCUACUCCACGUCUCGGUAGUAUUUUUGUGGUGGCUCUGAUCAUCGUCUCCUUCGUGCGACAAUACGGCUUAGCCAUACGAUGGAAAAGAACCUCUGCUAUCGACAACGAUAGAGGAAAGAACUUAUAUGUGACGACUGCAUACUCGAGGUGGCUGGCUCAUCGAGAAGGACCCAAGCGUGAACUAAUACUUACUAGCCUAGAGUACUACGAUCUUGUGCCGAACGCGCCUCGAAGCUGCGCACGACAAACUUGGAUCGAAUUCCCUGUAUUGGAACUUGAAUUUCAAAGACCACCAAGGAAUUGUUGGGGAAAAGGUGAACGAUGA